CACUUCCCUCCCUUGAACUAAAGAUAAUUCAACAACAUCCGGUAAGAAAGAUUGGCGAUAAAAUAAAAAAAAAACAACCGAAUUCAUCUACUUAUAGUAGGACGAUAUUAAAAGUUAAUUUCUUUUGGAUGUCAACAUAAGUAAUACAUAUCAAUAAAAUGGGAAAAGAAAAGGGUGGAUUCUUAACUCCAAAGGCUAUUGCAAAUCGUAUUAAAUCCAAGGGUUUACAGAAGUUACGAUGGUAUUGUGAGAUGUGUCAAAAACAGUGUAGAGAUGAGAAUGGUUUUAAAUGUCAUAUGACAUCAGAGUCUCAUCAGCGACAGUUGUUGUUGUUUGCCGAAAAUCCAGACGAAUAUAUUGAUUCUUUUUCAAACGAUUUUGCAGAAGAAUUUUUAGAAGUACUGAGAAGAAGAUGUGGUACUAAGCGUAUUCAUGCUAAUAUUGUCUAUCAAGAAUAUAUUUCUAACCGAAAUCAUGUCCGCAUGAAUUCCACACAGUGGGUAACAUUGACAGAUUUUGUAAAAUGGCUUGGUAGAGAAGGUAAAUGUGUAGUUGAUCUAACAGAGAAAGGUUGGUUUAUUUCCUAUAUCGAUCGCGACCCGGAAACAAUAAAAAAACAAGAAGCGAUUAAAGCCAAAGAAAAAAUAGAUUUAGAUGAUGAAGAGAGAACGUCUAAAUUCAUACAGAAACAGAUAGAAAAAGCAGCACUGAACGAAAAACGUAAAACUGAAACAGAAUUUACAGAUUUAAAUAGACAAGAUGAAGAUGAAAAAGUUGUGUUUUUAAUGCCACAAAGUAUAAAAAAGUCAGAAAUUUCCAGCACAUCAAAGAUGACAGAUAAUGCAUUUAAAAAAGUCUCUGAUAUAUCAGAUAAAGUUUUACCAUCUAAAGUGCCAGUACAGAGAACUGCAACAAAAACAGGUCUUAAGAGAAAAUCAGCAUUGGAUGAAAUCAUGGAGGUAGAAAUCUAUUGUUAG